CUUCGGCCAGUAGGAUUUGGUGGGCGCGAGGCGGCGGAGCUCGCGGCCCGAGGUGGAGCGCGCAGAGACGAAACCGAACGAAAGUCGGAGGGCCGGGAGUACCCAGCGAAAACAACGCAGACAUAGGGGACAGAGACACCUCCCAGCAUCAGAGAGCUGCAAACCCCUGGGCUGGAAGCGAGGGCGUGGCCGCCGGUUAGUUUGAGGCAGUUUUCGGGCAGUUCCUUCAUAUUUUUCCCCCCCGUGUUUGCGACGGGAGGGAGGAGGGAGUGCACACGGCCGCCAUCUUUGGGACCUGUCUGUGCCUGGAAAGCGAGCUACUGGGCCCCUUUUGGCCCUGGAGAGGACUCCCUACACCGUGUGACAACACACAUCAGCAGCCCCUAACCGAAUCGGUAUCUGGGCAGUGGGGCAGGGGAGGGCACUUUCAAACGGAGACGUUUAAACGGACGCUGCGAUUUACCCCCAGCUUCUCUUUAAAUCCGGCCUGUUGGACGGGUGCUCAUGCGUACAGCGCCGUCCUGUUGCAGAUGAGCCAGCACCGGGGGCUUUUGCAGCUCAGUCGCAGUCGCAGGCCCAGAUAAUCCCCGGCGGCGGCAGCGGAGCUCUCCCAGCAUGCCCUCCACCAGCCGGGCAGGGAGCCUGAAGGACCCCGAAAUAGCCGAGCUCUUCUUCAAGGAGGACCCAGAGAAGCUCUUCACUGACCUACGUGAGAUCGGCCAUGGCAGCUUCGGGGCUGUCUACUUCGCACGGGAUGUGCGGACCGCGGAAGUGGUGGCCAUCAAGAAGAUGUCCUAUAGCGGGAAGCAGUCCAACGAGAAAUGGCAGGAUAUCAUCAAAGAGGUCAAGUUCCUACAGAGGAUACAGCACCCCAACAGCAUUGAGUACAAGGGCUGCUACCUCCGCGAGCACACCGCCUGGCUGGUCAUGGAGUACUGCCUGGGUUCUGCUUCCGAUCUUCUGGAAGUGCAUAAGAAGCCGCUACAAGAACUGGAGAUUGCCGCUAUUACCCAUGGUGCACUGCAGGGCCUGGCCUACCUUCAUUCCCACAACAUGAUACACAGGGACAUCAAGGCUGGGAACAUCCUGCUGACGGAACCCGGGCAGGUGAAGCUGGCAGAUUUCGGCUCUGCUUCCAUUGCCUCCCCCGCCAACUCCUUUGUGGGGACGCCAUAUUGGAUGGCCCCCGAAGUGAUACUGGCCAUGGACGAGGGUCAGUACGACGGCAAGGUGGACGUCUGGUCACUGGGAAUCACCUGCAUUGAGUUAGCGGAGAGGAAGCCACCCCUAUUCAACAUGAACGCGAUGAGUGCCUUAUACCACAUAGCGCAGAACGAGAGCCCCACACUGCAGUCCAGUGAAUGGUCGGAUUACUUUAGAAACUUUGUAGAUUCUUGCCUUCAGAAAAUCCCUCAAGACAGGCCGCACUCAGAGGAGCUCUUAAAGCAUGCCUUUCUCCUGCGGGAGCGGCCUGAGUCGGUGCUGAUGGACCUGAUCCAGAGGACAAAGGAUGCCGUCCGAGAACUGGACAACCUGCAGUACCGCAAGAUGAAGAAGAUCCUGUUCCAGGAGGCUCCCAACGGGCCUGUGGCAGAGCCCCCCGAUGGAGAGGAGGAGCCAGAGCACGGAGCGGGCCGUACGGGCACCGUGAGCAGCGUGGGCAGCAACCAGUCCAUCCCCAGCAUGUCCAUCAGCGCCAGCUCCCAGAGCAGCUCCGUCAACAGCCUGCCGGAUGCAGCUGGCGCCGCUGACGACCACAGCGAGUCUGAGCUCAUGGAGGGCGACCACACCGUCAUGUCCAACAGCUCCGUCAUCCACCUCAAGCCGGAGGAAGAGGAGUGUUACCAUGAGGAACAGGAGCCGCGCAGCCGCCCCUCAGAGCCACCGGCGGCCCCCAUGCAGGUGCCCCGGCAGAAGCCGCACCGAAACCGGGAGCACUUCGCCACCAUCCGGACCGCCUCUCUGGUGACGCGGCAGGCCCAGGAGCACGAGCAGGACUCGGAGCUGCGGGAGCAGAUGUCGGGAUACAAGCGCAUGCGGCGGCAGCACCAGAAGCAGCUGAUGGCGCUAGAGAACAAGCUGAAGGCUGAGAUGGACGAGCACCGGUUGCGGCUGGACAAGGAGCUGGAGACACAGAGGAGCAGCUUUGCUGCAGAGAUGGAGAAGCUACUCAAGAAGCACCAGGCCUCCAUGGAGAAAGAUGCUAAGACCUUUGCGAGUGAUGAGAAGAAGUUCCAGCAGCACAUCCAGAGCCAGCAGAAGAAAGAACACAGCAGCUUCCUGGAGUCGCAGAAACGAGAGUACAAGCUGCGCAAGGAACAACUCAAGGAGGAGCUGAACGAGAACCAGUCUACGCCCAAGAAGGAGAAGCAGGAGUGGCUGUCCAAGCAGAAGGAGAACUUCCAGCACUUCCAGGCUGAGGAGGAGGCAAACCUGCUGAGGAGGCAGCGUCAAUACCUGGAGCUGGAGUGCCGGCGCUUCAAGAGGCGCGUGCUGAUCGCACGGCAUAACGUGGAGCAGGACCUGGUGCGCGAGGAGCUGAACAAGCGUCAGACACAGAAGGACCUGGAGCACGCCAUGCUGCUGCGGCACCACGAGUCCAUGCAGGAGCUGGAGUUCCGGCAGCUGGGCGCCAUCCAGAGGAUGCGGGCAGAACUGAUCCGCGUGCAGCACCAGACUGAACUCACCAACCAGAUGGAGUACAACAAACGGCGGGAACGCGAGCUGCGCAGGAAGCACGUCAUGGAGGUGCGGCAGCAGCCCAAGAGUCUCAAGUCCAAAGAGCUGCAGAUAAAGCGGCAGUUCCAGGACACCUGUAAGAUCCAGACGCGGCAGUACAAGGCGCUGAGGAACCACCUGCUGGAGAGCACGCCCAAGUCGGAGCACAAGGCCGUCCUCAAGCGGCUGAAGGAGGAGCAGACGCGCAAGCUGGCCAUCCUGGCCGAGCAGUACGACCACUCCAUCAACGACAUGCUGUCCACGCAGGCGCUGCGAUUGGAUGAAGCACAGGAGGAGGAGUGCCAGGUGCUGAGGAUGCAGCUGCAGCAGGAGCUAGAGCUGCUCAAUGCCUACCAGAGCAAGAUCAAGAUGCAGACGGACGCGCAGCACGAGCGGGAGAGGAAGGAGCUGGAGCAGAGGGUGUCGCUGCGCCGGGCGCUGCUGGAGCAGAAGAUCGAGGAGGAGAUGCUGGCCCUGCAGAAUGAGCGCUCAGAGCGCAUCCGCAGCCUGCUGGAGCGCCAGGCGCGCGAGAUCGAGGCCUUCGACUCCGAGAGUAUGCGCCUGGGCUUCAGCAACAUGGUGCUGUCCAGUAUCUCCUCGGAGGCAUUCAGCCACAGCUUCCCGGGGGCCUCAGGCGGCUGGGGCCCCCACCAGCACCCCGGGGGUCCCCCACAGGGGCAGCACUGGGGGCCGGGUGGGGGUGGCGGCAGCGGUGGCGGGUCGAGCCGCAGCAGCAGCAGCAGCAGCAGCGGCCAUCACCAUCACCAUCACCACCACCACCAUCACCACCAACACUCCAGUCAGGGUGGAGGGGCCCCGCCACAACAGGCCUGGGGUCAAGGGAGUGGGGUCGUGGCUAGUGGCCUGGGGGGUCCUCCGCCCUGGGGACAUCCCUCAGCGGGGCCAUUGGGGGCAGGGCCGCGGUCUGUGGGAGGGGGCGUGCGGAACAGCCCCCAGGCAUUGCGUAGGACGCCCUCUGGGGGGCGCAGCGAGCAGGGUAUGAGCAGGAGCACCAGCAUCACCUCGCAGAUAUCCAACGGCUCACACCUGUCCUUCACAUAGGUGAGCCCCCCACACAGCAGAGCCGGGGUAGGGCCCUCCCCUUUCCUUAACCCCCCCCCCCCUUCCCGGUCAGGGUAUCUCCCCCCCCAGCCGCACACAGCCAUGCACCAACAUUGCCAGGUGCAUUGGCCUGUCUGCUCAGAGGUCGGCGCAGUAUCCAUGGUCGUCUGAAUCACUUUGACUCGCUAGGAGAAAAAUGUUGGUGCCGAAAUUCGCAAGGGCUUCAGGAAGUAUAGCAGAGUGUGUGUGUGUGUGUGUGCUGUGUAUGGUGUGUGUAUGGUGUGUGUAUGGUGUGUGUGUGUGCUGUGUGUAUGCUGUGUGUAUGCUGUGUGUAUGCUGUGUGUAUGCUGUGUAUGCUGUGUGUUUGCUGUGUGUAUGGUGUGUGUAUGCUGUGUGUGUGUGUGUCACAGUGCUUUGCUAGCAGUAUCUUCCCCAGGUAUGCUUGAGGUAAAAUAGUAUCUUCUCAGGAUCUCAGUGGACAAAGUUUAUUAGCCAUUAUAUUGUUAAUAUAUGUUUUUAGUUAUUUGCCAAUGAGACUUGCAGAGAGGCAGGUUACCCGAAGCCGCCCCUGUGCUGUGAUCUGUGCGUACAGCUGUAUUGCAUUUAGGGAGUGUGGUGAACCAGGUAUCCAGAUGUUCCGCCCUAGAGCCUCUGGCCAUUAGGACUUUAAUUCUGUUCGCUUUUAUGCUGCACGUCAGAUAUUGUUGCUAAUGCCUCAUUGGGGCAAGCAGCAGACUGCACUUGAUUGGUCAAAAAAAAAUGUAAAAAAUUUUUUGUUUUUUUUUUUUUUUUUUGGAACACUGUGCCAAGGGUGACACAGACGGACACUUAGGAAGCUGAAAGUAGGGGGGGGGGGGGUUUAAUGCAUCUCACGAGUUGCAGGGGCAUGCCAAAAUCCGACCUGCCAGGCAUCCCUGACUGCUACGGGCAAAAUGUGAUGCCAUCAUUUUAAUGGAAUUAAUGUACCUGUCCAUCAGUGUGACAUGUGACCUGGUCUUCUAGGAAGUGCAGGGCAAGCGGGGGGCAGGGGCAUGUGAUUUUAGGGCCGCCUUCAUUGAGAAGCACUUUAGGCUGUUUGAAAGGAGGAAGAGCGGCAGCAGGUGGUGGAGAUGGCAGAGGACUGUGGAGAUGAGGCAGGUAUCUGCGGUGGUAAAUGCAGGAGGGAAAUGGAAUGCGUUGGUGAGUCAAGAGAGAUGGGGGAUAUCCAGGCAGCGCCCACUGUGACCAGGAAGAUGAGCCAACCAGGAGAUGUACUAUAAAGACUGCAGGGGCCAGUCCAGUCCAAAAUGGCCUCAGGGACUGAACUUCCGUAAUCCCGCUGUCCUGGUGUUCGGCCUGUAGGGGGCGCUUGCUUUUGCUUGUAACUGCUUUCAGGCAGUCUGUCACCUGACCGGCAGCUUCAGCCAUUCAGGCACGCAGGGUGUGCAUCGGUGCUGCAGCCGGGGUUUGUCAGCAUUGGCGGUCAGGCCAGCUGGCAGGAUCCAGUUCAGUGUUUGCUGAAGUUUUGUGUUCGCUUGCCGGUGGCGUGGGGGGGCUUUAAGCUGGAAAGCCACACAAAGCUUCAAUAUGCCAAAGCUUUAGAAAGUGUCACUACUAAGACAGUGUGCCAAAAAUCAAUAAGCAGUAAGCAUACAUAUACAAAACACACAUCUGUGCUCAAUGACAUCACAUAUUGUUUGCCAAAAGUGCAAAAUGUAAUUCUGUUUGAAGACCCUGGGUACACUCUUCACACCAUUCCCUAACCCCCUCCCCCCCCCCCAAUUAGAGUGCCCUCCCUGUCUCUGGCCCUGGGGGGCAACAGGUUGUGACCGCUGAAUGUUAUUCUGGGUGGGUGGGAGUUGCUGCUGGCGCCCCUGCCAUGCCCCUUCCCUUUCUGACCACGCCUCCUACUCCUUCAGACCCCCCCUUUCUAGUCCUGCCUCCUACUCAUUCAGACCCACCUCUCUGUAGCCCCACCUCCUACUCAUUCAGACCCACCUCUCUGUAGCCCCACCUCCUACUCAUUCAGACCCACCUCUCUGUAGCCCCACC